AUUAUAUACCGAGAUGAAGUUUAAGUGUCACAGUGGACGGACGCGCGAUCUCAGUGCUCCUCACGUAAACCAAAGUCAUGACGGUAAUAUAUUUCGACUGGCUCGACUACCUCGUCUUCGGCGGGAUGCUUCUCUUCUCCGCCCUCAUUGGCGUGUACUUCGCCUUCUUCGCGUCGAAAAAACAGAACACCACUUCUGAAUACCUUAUGGGCGGAAAGACUAUGGGGAUGUUCCCUAUAUCCAUGUCGCUGAUAGCCAGUUAUAUUUCGGGUAUAUCGUUGCUGGGCCUGCCAGCCGAAAUGUACACGUACGGAACUCAGCUGUGGACGAUAGUACUGUCGGAAUGGGCUGUUUCACUCACUAUCGCAAUUGUUUACCUGCCAGUAUUUUAUAAUUUGCAGAUCACUUCAACUUAUGAGUAUUUACGAUUGAGAUUUAACCAAAAAGUGCGACUUUUGGGUUCCAUAAUAUUUAUCAUCAAGAUGCUGUUAUACAUACCCAUUGUGAUAUAUGUACCUGCGCUGGCAUUCAGUCAAGUGACUGGUAUUAACUUACAUUUAAUCACGCCCAUCGUGUGUCUCGUGUGUAUAUUUUACACGACUCUUGGAGGGCUCAAAGCUGUGGUAUGGACGGAUACACUACAAACAGUACUUAUGUAUUUCGGCGUCAUAUUCGUACUUGCGUACGGCACGUGGCGAUUGGGGGGGAUAUCCAAUGUUAUUUCAAUAAACAAAAAAGGUGACCGGCUCGACUUUUUCAACAUGGAUAUGGACCCCACUAUUCGGCAUACCUUCUGGUCGACUGUGUUCGGUAACUACUUCAGUUGGCUCGCUUCGUGCUCAGUCAACCAGGCUAUGGUACAGAGAUGCUUAGCGCUUUCUUCUUUGAGACGAGCUAGAAUCACAAUAUUCAUAAUGGCAGCUGGUAUAUUCAUCAUCGUAUCCCUAUGUUGCUACACGGGUCUUGUGAUUUAUGCCACGUUUGCGGAGUGCGACCCCCUCACGACCGGGGCCAUAAGGAAGAGCGACCAAUUGCUGCCAUAUUUCGUGAUGACCAUCACAGGGUCUAUUCCGGCGUUACCUGGAAUAUUUAUGAGCGGAGUCUUCAGUGCAGCUCUGAGCUCCAUGUCGACCGGGCUGAACUCCAUGUGUGGAGUGAUAUUCGAGGACCUCAUCCGACCUGCCUACAAUAAACCCAUAUCGGAAAGAGCGGCUAGUUUUAUCAUGAAGAUGAUUGUCGUGGUCAUAGGAUUCGCUUGCGUGGCUCUAGUGUUCUUGGUGGAGCAUAUGGGGGCUCUUAUCCAAGCCGGUAAGAGUUUGGCUGGUAUUACCGCGGGAAGCUUGCUGGGACUGUUCUCUAUGGGAUUGUUUUUGCCCUGGAUUAAUUCUACGGGUGCAUUAACCGGCGGUCUGACGUCCACGAUGCUCGUCGGUUGGAUCUCCCUGGGGACCCAGGCGGCCAUGAUGCGGGGAGACAUAGUGGUCACCCCCAAGCCGGUGUCAGUGGCCGGCUGUCCUGGCAACGAGACGUUACCAACCUCUUCGGCUACACUUUCUACCGUUGAGUUUGACAGGUCAGGCACAUUCUUCAUGUACAGAUUGAGCUACCUGUACUACACGCUGGUCGGUAUGACAGUGUGCAUCGUGGUCGGCUCCAUCGUUUCCUACUUCACCGAGCCCAAUGACCCAGCUAUGGUGCACCGGGAUUUACUGACGCCGAUUGUGCAUCGGUGGCUACCGGAGCAACACCCGCAUUGCCGCAGACCAAGACUUACUCAGCACGACAUCGAGUUGCAUGCUAGGGAGCUCGACCAGCUGAGAGCGCACACCUCCUACGAUAAGAUGGCCGACAGCCCUGAGAUCAUUCGGAAAAAUAACAACAACGUGAACGAUAAUUACUGAUUAAUUUGUGACUUUAUAAGUACUCUAAAUUACGUGUAAUAAAAUUGGUUACUUGA